ACAAGCGUCAGUCAGUUAGAGGAACGUGGUCAACUGGAACGGCUGCGUUAUUCUUAAGGGGUUUUGUGAGCGUGCACAUCGACGACGAUCCGGUUCGAUAUUGGUAGCGGCUGUAAGGCAUCAGACACCUAUCGGUGUUUAAGCGGGCUGACACUCCGGGGCCGCGAAAUCCUACUUUCGCAAACACACAUUCGGGAAACCAGUUCUGGCCAUUGGUAUCGUACCCACGGGGGUACGUUGCUUUCGAUUGCCCCUCUUUUUCACCGGUGAUUGUUGUGUGUGAGUGGUGUGUGGUAGAGUGAAGCAACUUGACCGUGUUCCAGCUUGUGGUUUCCAGUUUGCGUUCCAUACCGGAGCUGAUCGGAGUGUAUUGUUUCGUGGUGGAUCAAUUGGUGGAAUUAUUUGUGACUGUAUCCUGUCAUCAGUUUUUCUUUAGUGAUAAUCCAGACAUCAAAAGUAACGUCUUGUCCUUACUGGGAGCUAGCGUUCAAAAAGGGAGAGAGAAAAACGGGUCAUAGCGACAGUAAUAUUCCAGUAAGGCAUUCCAUCCGGUAAAGAUUCACGCUCACACAUCAUGGAUACUAAGCCGAGCAGUGAAGUAAACGAUGGCAUCGAUGCUCCUUUAUGGAUGUUUUGGAAGCGACGCCGCUACAUUGUGGUGUUUAUGGCGUUUCUUGGUUUCUUCAAUGUCUACUCGCUGCGGGUAAACCUGAGUGUGGCUAUCGUGGCGAUGACAGAGAAUCGGACCGUACAUUACGACAACGGAACCGUCGGAUACGAGCAAUACUUUGAUUGGAGCUCGAGUCUGCAAGGUUACGUGCUGAGUUCGUUCUUCUACGGCUACAUCCUGACGCCCUUCCUCGGUGGUUUCAUCUCGAACCGAUUCGGUGGCAAUUAUGUGUUUGGAGUUGGCAUUGGAACGACUGCUGUCCUGACGCUACUGACACCGUUAGCCGCCAAGGCUGGAGUAGCCGUCCUGUUGGCGGUCCGUAUUGUGGAGGGCAUCUUCGAGGGUGUGACCUUUCCCUGCAUCCAUGCCGUAUGGUCCCGUUGGGCACCACCGACCGAACGAUCACGGAUGGCAUCGAUCGCGUUCGCUGGCAAUUACGCGGGUACUGUAGUGGCGAUGCCGAUGAGCGGAAUUCUUGCGAACGCUUGGGGCUGGGAGAGCGUGUUUUACGUGUUCGGAGUGAUCGGAUGUAUCUGGUUCCUGGCGUGGAUGUUCUUCGUAAAGACGUCCCCCGAAGUGGACAAAUGGAUCAGCCAACGGGAGAAAGAGUUCAUACUGGAAUCGUUGGGUCGUAAGGAGGGUGAACAGGAAAAGGUGAAACAUCCUUGGAAGGGUAUCCUAACGUCGGUGGCCGUAUGGGCACUGAUUGUGUCCCACUUUUCGGAGAAUUGGGGCUUUUACACACUGCUCACACAGCUUCCCACAUUUUUGAAAGAUGCCAUGCACUUUGAGCUGGAAAAGACAGGAUUCGUCUCGGCAGUACCGUACCUGGUGAUGGGCAUUCUUCUGUUUGUGGCCGGUUACCUAGCGGAUUGGUGUCAGGUGAAGGGUUACCUCACAACAACGCAAGUGCGCCGUUACUUCAACUGUGGCGCCUUCCUUGCCCAAACCGUGUUCAUGAUCAUUGGUGCGUUCAUUCUCGAGCCUGGACCAACGAUCACCUGUAUAACGAUCGCCGUAGGUUUGGGUGCGUUUGCAUGGUCCGGUUUCGCCGUAAACCAUCUCGAUCUGUCGCCGAAGAGUGCCGGCGUACUGAUGGGCAUUUCGAACACGUUUGCCACCAUCCCGGGCAUUGUGAGUCCCAUCAUAACGGGGUACAUCACCUCAAACAAGAGUGACAAUGAGUGGAAAACGGUAUUCUACAUUGCGGCGGGCAUCUAUCUGGUCGGGUGUGUUAUCUACUGGUUCGGUGUAUCGGGCGAACUGCAGCCAUGGUCCAUCGAGGCACAGGAACGACGGGAGCGGGAAAAGCAACCGACCAAACCGAUCGAGAGUCUUGCGUACACGAACAAAGUGAGCAUGGAGGACGAGAUGUAGAGGGACGGUGUGGCUGUGAGAUUAAGGAUCGUACAGAUAAACCAACGUAAGUGUAAUAGAUGUAUAGGUUAGAUGCAACCAGCGUCUGCGAUGCGGCCGGUAUCUGGCUGAACACUCCACUGUUUGCAAAAACGAACGAACGUGUGCUUGAAACUGUAUCGAAACAAUGCGCUCAAAGCGAACUUAAGCUAAUAUAUUGAGUAAAAGCUAAUGUAUGAAAUUAUAAUUGUAUGCCAAUAAAAUAAAAUAACUGUUUAAAAU